AUUAUCUCUUAUUUUAUAUCAUAUAAUACCUAAAACUUAUACUUUUAUUCUAUUCUUUUUUUUUUUCUUAGUUUUUUAAUUUUCAACUUUGUUUAUCGAUCGUUAUAGACUUACCAUUUAUAUUACUUUUUUUCUCGUUCCUUUAUCUCUCAUCUAUAUUAUUAACCCUAUCAACUUUUAAACACCAAAAGGAUGAUGGCACAAUUACAACAACAAGAUGACCGUAUUCAAUAUUAUGCAACUUUAUGUGAACAACUUUAUAAUCCCAAUUCUAUACAAAAACAAACUCAAAUCCAACAAGAAUUAGAACAAGAAUUCCCCACUUUCACUGAUAACAGAGUAGAUAGUCCAAUACAAGUUUCUUCUUCUUCUUCUUUGGUCAUUCAAACACCUACUGAAACCGCAUCAGCAUUACGUAUUCUUUUGGAAGCUUCACCUAAUCCUUAUGUACAAACCUUUUGUUUAUCUCGUUUGAAACAACUUAUCACCAGUCAGUUCAGUAUAUUUGACACCGUGACUAAAUUACAACUACGUACAUUUUUACUUGAAUAUGCCUUUUUACAUUCAAAUAUGCUUCCUUUUAUUAUUGUACAACUAGCUGGUGUGUUUACUCAAUUGACUCGGAUGGGAUGGGUAGAGUUGGAAGAAUAUCAACAAGUGGAAUCAGAUCUUGAUCAAUUCUUACAAGCUUCUAUGGAUCAUCGUAUUCUGGGUUUACACAUUUUAUCGGUUGUGGUACAAGAUAUCAAUACUACUGCUUCUCCUCGGUAUGCUGCCAUGUUUAGAAAAGCAGCUUCAGGCUUUAGAGACAGUCAGUUAUUAAGUAUCUUCAAAAUGGCAUUUCGUACUCUAGAGGAAUUGGUACACCAUACUAUUCGAUUUGAUAAUGCAGACCAAGAAGCAAGAAUGCGUGAAUAUACUCUACGAUUAUUGGUCAAUUGUUUAUCAUAUGAUUUUGCUGGUACAAGUGUGGAUGAAGCUGGUGAAGAUGUUGGAACAGUACAGAUCCCUACUUCGUGGAGAAGUGUAUUUGAACAAGAUCAUUUUGUUACUACCUUCUUCUUAGCUUAUCAAAACUUUACAUCCCCUCAUACAUCUAAGGCAAUGGAGUGUCUUGUUCUUUUGGCGUCUACAAGAAAGGCACUUUUUACUGGUGACGCUGAGCGAUCAAAAUUUGUGGUGACAUUAAUGCAAGGAAUACAAAAUAUUAUAAUUCAAUCUCAAGGUAUGGAUGAUAGUGACAAUUAUAAUGAAUUCUGUCGACUACUUUUCCGGUUCCGUGCAAUUGCUCCUAUAAGUGAUCUCUCUAAGGAACAAGGUUAUGAAGAAUGGAUAUCCAUGGUGGCUGAUUUUACUAUCAAGGCAUUUCAAUCAUGGAAGUGGUCUCCUAAUACGGCAUCUUAUUUACUGGGAUUCUGGUCAAGAACGGUGGAAACAAUGAACUAUUAUCAACAAUUGGACGGCGCGAUUAUUAAAAAACUGGAAUCUAUCACAGUAGAAUUAGUACGUACUUAUAUCUUGACCAAUGUACAGAGCGUACCUACUCGUGUCGAAGAAAUGUUAGAUGAUCCCCUUGAAGACGAAUCAAAUCUGGUGGAAACUUUAUUUAUGCUGGGAAAGAUUGCUCGAUGUCAAUACCAGGAAUCAAGUUCCACUCUUGUAUCAGUCUUUGACCCUAUUGCUAUGGAAUAUCAGGAGUGGAUGAAUCAAGCAGGAUUAAUCAGUACAGAAGAAUUCAAAGAAACAUUAGAUUUGAUUGAAACCAAAUUCGCUUGGUUAGUUUAUUUUGCGGCAGUAUUUAUUGGCAACCGUCCAGCAUUCCUCAGUUCUGAUGAUAGUGAUGACAUUGAUGGGAAGAUUACUACCAAAGUAUUACAAUUAAUGCAAGCCAAUCAGACCUUACAAAAUCAACAUGGAACUACCUUUUUAAACUCCAAAUUGGAUUCAGCUUUUAUUUACUUCUUUCAACAAUUUCGCAAGUCAUAUAUUGGAGAAUCGGCAAAAGCGGUUUACAAUAGUCUCACUGAAGUAUUUGGUAUAAGCGAUCAAAUUGACAUGUUGGAAAUUAUGAUGCGGAAAAUUGUGACGAACCUGCAAUACUGGGGAAAAAAUGAACCUUUGAUUCGACAUACCUUGGAACUCUUCAAUGAUUUGGCAAGUGGUUAUAGUGCUUUGAAAAACCUUCGGAAAACAGAAACAACACGAUACUUGUUACAAAAUCAUAUGAAUAAUAACACUGGAUUAUUUGGUCUAUUUGAUGAUGAUAACAACAACAAUAGCGAUGUCAUCAGUGGGAUGCAUCGUCACAAUCGUAUGCUCUACUAUCAAAUUUUGUGCAAGGUGUUAUUUGCUGAAGAUGUGACUGAUUUGGAAUUUGAUACCUUUAUGAAAGGAUUUGAACAACGUUUGGAUGAUUUGGCUCAACUCAAUACAAUUCAAGCUUUUCAGCAAAUUCCAGUCAAGAUGGCACUUCACAAUAUAUUCCGCGAUCUACGUGGAAUAAUGAUGGCAAUGCAAAGCAAACGACAAUUUAGUCUCUUUUUGGAAUGGUUUUACCCUGAUUACAUGCCUAUUGUUUCAAGAGGUUUAGAAGCCUGGGCUCAUGAUGCUCUGAUUACAACCACCUUGUUAAAAUUUAUGGCAGAAUUUGUUCAUAACAAAAAUCAACGACUGAACUUUGAUGUUUCAUCCCCCAAUGGUAUUUUGAUGUUCAGAGACGCAAGUCAACUUGUGUGUAUAUAUGGACGUCAUAUUCUAGAAAAAACCGUGACUCAAGAAGACCGAAAAUACCAAGAAAAAUACAAAGGGAUAUCCAUCUGUUUCCAAAUUCUUUCACGAUGUCUCAGUGGCAAAUAUAUCAAUUUUGGUGUAUUUUGGUUAUAUCAGGACAAGACCAUCGAUCAAGUUUUCCGCAUGAUGUUCCAACUUAUGCUAGAUAUUCCAAUGGAUGACUUGAUGAAUUUCCCAAAAGUGACAAAAGCCUACUUUCAGUUGUUGGAUGAAUUUAGUACAGAACAAUUGAAAACGUUGCCGAUCCUAGCCAUGGAACCCUUUGUCUCAAUGUUGGAAGCAUGUGAACAAGGAAUACAAGUACCUGAUGCAUAUAUUCGCACGCACGCCUGUGCCACUCUUGAUCAUGUGUUUACGAUGAUUUUGGAAGAAAAGGAGCAAUGUCAGGGUCCUUCAACAACAAAGCAGCAACGGCGUCAUCAACAACAACAACAAAGACGUUCAUCUCAACAUCAUGCAGAUUGGAUUUCAUCAUCGUCAUCAUCAUCAUCCACUUCUUCUUCUGCCACUUGCACUGAACCUAUUCCUAUACCUACAUCAACGACGAAUAAUAAUACCACUACAUCCAGUACAAAAUCACCCUUAUUAUCUUCAUCUUCAGUAUCACCAACUCUCUCCAUAUUAUCACACCCUACUACUCCUCAUUGGUGUUUAGAAUAUCUGCAAGUCUCCCCACUGAUUGCGGCAUCUUUAUUUGUGACAUUGUUUGGAUUGAUUCUAUUUGACGAUAAUUCUGAUCAAUGGCAACUUUCUCGACCCCUUUAUGUACUUACUUUGAUUCAAAAAGAGGUAAACAAAAAAAAAAAAAGGUAUGCAGAAAAGAGGAAAAACAGGAAUCAACUUACUACACUAUUUUAUUCUGUGUAUUCAGAACGCCAUGAAAUAUACCAAUCGCGUCAUACAGCUUCAAUUACCAGAAAGAAGAGAAUAUGUUGCCAAGGCAAUGAAUCAAUUGAUGGAAGGCAUUGGAUGGACAUUGAUGAAAAAAGAUCGAGAACGAUUUUCUCGUAACGUAUUAGCUUUCAAGCGGGAACUCAACAUGAAUCAAGUGACAUUGACGCCUUUAUCAAAUAGAUUAGCUUUAUCUGAAUUGAAUUAAUAAAAAAAAAUUUUUUUAUAUAUAUAUAUA